AGAGAGAGAGCGCGAGCUUCUUCUUCAUCAGUCUGGACCUGAAAAGUCUCUGGACCUGGAGAGUCUGCACCUGGAGAGUCUGGACCUGAAGAGUCUGGAUCUGAAGCUCUUUUUGUAAACACCAACUCUUUUGAUGAAACCAUGACUAAACCUGAGACCGGACCGGUUCUCCUGCAGAACCUCGUGCUGCUGCUGAAUCUGGUCUCUCCGGUCUGUCUCUCCGCUCCGCGCGGACACGCAGCGCGUUAUUUGGGCCAGAUAGCGGAGAACUGUGCGGCGGGGACUCCGGUGGACGGAGUGACGCUGCAGGACACCGGCGGUUGCUCCAGGACGAACCUCGGCACCAGCCUGACCGGAGAGUACGCGACACAUUUCCGGCUGGUUAACCACCGGGGACACCUUGGACAGCAGGGACAUCUGGGUCUGGUCUCCGCCAGAGCGCUAGACCGGGAGUUUAUCGCUGUGUACGAGCUGCGGGUCGAAUGUGCGCGCGUGCCCGCGCUGGUCCAGGUCACGGUGUCCGACCUGAACGACAACAUCCCGCGCUUCACCGGCGGGAACGUGACCGUCGAAGUGGACGCGCUGACGCCGCGCGGAACAGCGCUGACCCGCUUUGACGCCGAGGACGCGGACGCGGAGCGGAACGGACGCGUGACUUUUUACGCGUCGCCGGAGUCUCACCUGUUGCACGUGCACGCGCGGAGCGGACAGGUGCUGCUGGUCGGCUCGCUCCUGGGUAUCAGUCACGUGACCCUCCGCCUGUUUGUGAGGGACGGCGGUGACGCGCCGCUGACAGGUGAGCCUGUGUUCCUACGCGUGCACGUGUGCGGACACGGAGCGCACAGGAGGAGGAAAACCCGGUCCGUGUCUGAAGAGCAGAACUUCACCAUCACGGUCCCGGACCAGGCCAGGGUCGGGGACCUGGUGUUCACGGUACCGGACCAAAGGUUCCAACAGAGGUGGUUCCAGGUGACGUCAGAGAAGGAGGAGGAGUCACCGGUCCAGGUUGAGCGGGACUCCGGGCGUUUGUACCUGGCGCGCGCUCUGCGGGAACCCGCCCAGGUGACGGUGAAGGUCCAGAACCGCAGAGCUGAUGACUGGUACCUGUGCAGGUUGACACUGAGCAUGCUCAGUCAGGCUGACCUUCAGUGGACCAUGUUUCCCUCUCCGUACCUGGGAGCUGUCAGUCCUGACGCCAUGCCCGGCACUGUGGUGUACCGACUGUCGGCGCAGCAACGAGACGCAACGCAGGGACACGCCCAGUUUCUCCUACUGGACAAUGACGACUGCUUCGAGGUGGACCGUCGUUCCGGUGAGGUCAGGACCACGGGGCGACCUCUGACCCCUGGUAAGGAGUACCUGCUGCGCGUGCAAGCGCUCGACCAACAGGGGCGCAAAGGGGCGUCGGCCUAUGUGUCUGUCCUGGCCGGUUACCGGCCCCCACAGUUCACCAACGCCACCUACAGGGUGAACGUAGCAGAGAACACACCUGCUGGUCAAACUGUUGCCAUGGUGAAGGCUGACUCCUUCCAGGUGAAGUCUGUCUCUUACCAGCUGCUGGUGAAUCCUGGGAAUCUGUUCAGCAUCAACCAGCAGGGCGGCACUCUCAGCCUGACCCGGGCUGUAGACUACGAGAGCGGACACAAGAUCCACAGCCUGCAGGUCAGAGCGUCUGAAUCUGAGACUGGACUGAGCAGCGUGGCAGAGGUUGUUGUUCACAUUACAGAUGAGAACGACUGCACGCCUGAGUUUCUUCAGUCCAUUUACACCCGAGAGAAUGUUCCAGAGAACAUGACACCUGGAAGCUCACUGCUGCAAGUUGUGGCUCGUGAUUGCGACUCUGGUGUAAAUUCCGAUCUUUCCUACUUUGUGGACGAUGGUGAUUUUGCGAUCACGUCAGGGGGCGUGGUCAGCCCGGCCCGUCACCUGGACUACGAGCGGCCCAAUCACAUGUACGAGUUUGUGGUGGUUGCUGUGGACGCGGGCACGCCCCCUCGUACUGGCACCGCCUCCGUCCGGAUCCGGGUCUCCAAUAGCAACGACGAGGCGCCGGUUUUCUCCCAGAGCGUCUAUAAGACCUUCCUCAGCGAAGACGCCGGUCCAGACACGCUGGUCGCCAUCGUCCAUGCCAACGACCCGGACGGCGACAUGGUCUCCUACGCCAUCACCGGCGGCAAUGAGGACCGCAACUUCCUGUUGGACAACCACAAAGGAAUCAUCACGCUGCGGCGCAGUCCCCCCCCCAGGCUGCGGGGACUUCAGUACGUCCUCAACAUCACUGCCACAGACGACAACGCGUCCGGUGGACCGCACCCACUUAGCAGCUCCGCCCACGUCGUUGUGGGAAUCAACGACAUCAACAACAACAAACCAGUUUUCCAGGAGUGUCACAACUACAGUCUGAACGCCGCCGUCUUAGAGAACCGGCCGCCGGGGACGUUCGUGCUGCGCGUCCACGCCCACGACGCCGACACGGGCGUCAACGGCGAUGUCAGAUAUGGAAUCAUGCACCGAGACGGCGUCUCCUCGGCUUUUGACAUCGAUCCGGACUCAGGCGUGAUCACCACGGCGGUCAGCUUUGACCGGGAGCGUCAGCGGGAGUUCACUCUGUCAGUGACGGCAACGGAUCAGGCCGACGAGCCACUGAUCGGAAUCUGUCAGGUCACCGUGGCGAUCGCCGACGUCAACGACAACGAGCCCAAGUUUGAGAACAGUCGCUACCAGUACUUCCUGCGUGAGGACACUCCUGUAGGAACUAGUUUCCUUCGAGCGGCCGCUCACGAUGACGACCAGGGAAGUAACGCGGUCAUCACAUACUCACUGACCAAUCAGAGCCCAGAGUAUCUGCACAUCAACCCGAGCACAGGCUGGAUCUAUGUUAACCAAGCCAUAUCACAGACGUCCAGGAUCAGUCAGCAGAUUGUGGCGUCAGAUGGAGGAAACCGCAGCAGCUCCGUGGAUCUGACCGUCAUCAUCACCAAUGUUCACAACCAGCCGCCACAGUGGGAGGAGCUUGAGUAUUGGGUCACUGUCCCCGAAAACACCGUCCGAGACGCUAAGAUUGUGACCGUCAAGGCCACGUCGCCGCUCGGUGACCCUCGUGUGACUUAUAACCUGGAGGAGGGUCAGGUCCCGGAGACCAACAUGCCGGUGCGGUUCUACAUCAAACCCAACCGAGCCAACGGCUCCGCCUCCAUCCUGGUGGCCGAGAACCUGGACUUUGAGACGAUCGGGUUCUUCACGCUGAGAGUGAGAGUGCAGAACAUGGCUGCGGUUCCUCUGGCCUCGUUCACCAGUGUCUACAUCAAUGUGACGGACGUGAACGACAACGUACCUUUCUUCCUGUCGUCCACCUACGAGGCCACGGUUCCCGAGGGCGCAGAGAUCGGCACGUCGGUGGCUCAGGUUUCGGCCAUAGACCUGGACUCUGGUCUUCACGGGAGGAUCCUCUACUCCAUCCUGAAGGACGAGAGCGGAGACUCCGAGCUCUUUGGCAUCGACUCUCUCAGCGGAGUCAUCGUCACUCACACCUCCUUCGACCGCGAGCAGAAAUCCUCGUAUCUGAUCGAGGUUCAGUCACAGGACGGGUCAGAGUCAGCAAGACCAGGUCAACAAGGUCAACCCAACACUGACACGUCGUACGUCAGGAUCUUGGUCACGGACGUUAAUGACAAUGCGCCGGCGUUCGCUCGUCCCGUGUACGAGGUGAGCGUGGAGGAGAACGAGGAGGUCGGCUUCAUCCUCAUCACCGUCACCGCCAACGACCACGAUGAAGGUGCUAACGCCAAGCUGCGUUACCAGAUCACGUCGGGGAACAGCGCGGGCAGCUUCGACGUGGAGCCAGAGGUGGGGACCGUGUACGUGGCUCAGCCGCUCGACUACGAGGCGGAGCGGCGCUACGAGCUGAGGCUCGUUGCAUCCGACGGGAAGUGGGAGAACGAGACGCUGCUGGUGGUUCAGGUGGUGAAUCGCAACGACGAGGCGCCGCUCUUCAGUCAGACCGAGUACCACGCCACCGUGAGCGAGGAGCUGACACAGCUGCCCGUCUUCAUCCUGCAGGUUUCAGCUACAGAUCCUGAUCAAGAGGCCGAUCAAACUGCCGUUCGUUACUCGUUCCAUGGUCAGGGAGCUGGUGGUGAGUUCACCAUUGAUGAACACACCGGAAGAAUCUAUGCCCAACGACGUCUGGACCGCGAGGAGCGUCUGGCCUGGAGGUUCCUGGUCCUGGCCACGGAUGAAGAGGGCGGCGGACUCACGGGAUUCGCAGACGUGCUGUUAGAAGUACGAGAUGUCAAUGACAACGCGCCCUUCUUCCCUUGUCCAGCUCUGGAAGUGGACGGAUGUUUUGUUGGCCAAGUGCCUGAAAACUCGCCAGCCGACACCUCCGUCAUGGAGAUGCGAGCCAUGGAUCUGGACGACCCCAACGAGGACAGAAACACUGCGCUGACGUACAGCAUUGUCAAGAACAUUCGCAACGACAUCAACCUCAACCUCUUCUCCAUCAACGCCACCACAGGAACUAUCUACACGGUUCUGCGUUACUUGGACCGGGAGGUGGAGGACCGCUAUCUGGUGGUGGUGGAGGCCAGAGAUGGAGGGGGACUGACGGGGACAGGAACAGCCACCAUCAUGGUUUCAGACAUCAACGAUCACCCACCCGUCUUCUCUCAGCGGGUCUACACUGCUCAGGUAACGGAGGACCUGGAGGUGAACAGCGAGGUUGUCGUCGUCUCUGCCACAGACGGAGAUGAAGGUGAGAACGCCGUGGUGACCUUCAGCGUUGUCGGAGGGGACGAGGACAGGAAGUUCUUUGUGGAGACAGACAGAGUCAACAGACGUGGCGUGAUUAAACUAAAGAAGAAGGUGGACUUUGAGAAGCCACAUGAGAGGACUUUCAAUCUGACCCUGAAGGCCGAGGACGCUGACUUCUUCAGUCUGGCCUACUGCAUCGUUCAGGUGGUGGACUCAAAUGACCACGCUCCUGUCUUCUUCCCACAGUUCUACGAGUCAGCGGCCAUGUCUGAAGAUGUCCCCGUGGGGACAAUUGUCACACAGGUCACAGCUUCUGAUCUGGACUCUGGCCGAAAUGGACAUUUUUCCUACAGCAUUUCCAAAGAGUCUGACCCCCACAGUCAGUUCCUGGUGGACCAGUCCGGGUGGGUGGUUGUGACCGGUUCACUGGACCGAGAGAAAAUCUCACAGCACAGGAUCAUGGUCCUCGCCACAGAUGCUGGGACUCCGCCUCUGACCGGAACCGCUGUUGUGGCGGUGACUGUGCUCGAUGUUAACGACAACGGGCCGGAGUUCGAGGUCACGUAUAAACCUCUCGUUUGGGAGAACAUGGCGGCGCCUCAGCCGGUGCCAAUGAACCAAACUUCCUUCCUCCUCCACGCCACUGACCACGACACCUCCACCAACGCCGGGCCCUUCUCCAUACGGCUGCUCACGCUCACCUCAGACGCCACCAAUUUCAACUUGACCGACUUCGGGAACGGCAGUGCCGCCGUCACGGCUCUGCGGUCCUUUGACCGCGAGCGACAAAAAGAGUACCGCCUACAGAUUCUCAUGAUUGACAGUGGUUCACCUCCAAUGAGCUCCACCAGCACGCUGACGGUCGUCAUCGGGGACAGGAACGACCACGCCCACUCCCCAGGACACACUCACUUCAUUGUCUACAGUUUUGGCGGAAUCCUCCCGACCACGGUGCUGGGUCAGGUUCAGGCCCCUGACCUGGACGACUGGAGUCAGAAGGUUUACCAACUGGAGGGCAAACCCAGCAGGUUCUUCAGUCUGAACCACAGCUCGGGUCAGCUCACUAUCAAGGAGGGGACGCCGCCUGGAACGUACCAACUGCAGGUGCGUGUGUCAGACGACACCUGGCCCGACAUCACCUCCACUGCACAGGUGGAUGUCACAGGUCUGCAGCAGGACGUCCUGCAGGACGCCGCGUCCUUACGUCUGUCCAACCUGACAGUGGAGGAGUUCUUCAGCAGUGACGGUGCAGAUGACAGUCGCUUCCAUCGGCUGGCUCGAGUGUUGGCUCAGCUGCUGCAGACUCUGCCGGAAAACGUCCAUAUCUUCUCUGUGGGUGACGCCGGCCGUCAGGCGGAGAAGGAGCUGGACGUGUGGUUUUCCGCUCACGGCUCACCGUACUACAGGACGGAGAAGCUGCACGGCUACGUGGCAGCAAACAAAGACAAGCUGGAGGCCACAGUAGGCGUGUCCAUCUCUCAGGUGGGCGUGGACGACUGCCCACGCACUGACUGCAGUCAUUCUGGAGGCUGCAGCACUGAGGUUUCGUUCAGCCGGGCCCCGGUGGCCCUCAGCACCGGGGACACCUCGCUGGUGUCGCUGACGACCUCAACAAGAGCUCUGUGUGGCUGCAGGGGUCGAGAUCUCGUCCACCUGCCGUGCUCCACAUAUCCCAGCAACCCCUGCUUCAAUGGUGGAACCUGCCAGGACGGACCACUGGGAUUCAGGUGUCAGUGUCCUCCCAUGUUGGACGGUCCUCAGUGUCAGCAGACCAAGCACAGCUUCGGUGGCCGAGGAUACGCCUGGUUCCCUCCCAUCAUGACUUGCUUCCAGAGCCACAUCUCCCUGGAGUUUCUGACUGAGUCGGACAACGGGCUGCUCCUCUACAACGGGCCACUCGGCCCCGCCCACUCUGAGGUGCAGGAGGACUUCAUUGCUGUAGAGCUGAGAGACGGCGUUCCCACUCUGAGCGUGAACCACGGAUCAGGAACGCUGACUCUGCAGCUGCCGCACAAAUCCACCGUCACUGACCGCCACUGGCAUCGACUGGACAUCAUCAGUGAUGGCAAGGCCGUCCAGCUGAUCCUGGACCAGUGUGGGGGGGCGGGGCUGAUGGAGGCCGACGCUCAAGACAUGGACGAGUCCGUGUGCAGAGCUGUAGGAGAGACGCCGGGGAGCCAGAGGUUUCUCAACGUGUUCCAGCCUCUGCAACUGGGCGGAGUCAAGGACACAUCUCCUCAAAGACAUUACCACAGUUUCAGCGGCUGCAUACGCCACCUGGUGGUGGACAGUCAGGUGUUGGACCUGGCGUCUCCAGGUGAGAGUGUGGACAGCGCUGCAGGCUGCAGGUUCACAGACGCCGUGUGUUUGACGGCGGCAAGUCCUUCCUGUGGUGUCCACGCCUCCUGUGACGCUGAGUGGGGCUCCUUCAGCUGCAAGUGUCACCCGGGACACGAGGGACACAAGUGUGAUAGAGUCGUCCCUGAGUUCUCCUUCGACUCUGGCGGCGUGGUCCGUUACCAGCUCAGAGGAGGCAGCAGCUCCAGACGCACAGACGUGCAGCUGCUCCUCAGAACCAGAUCCACGUCAGGGUCCCUGCUCUCCAUCACGUCCCGGGACACCAACAAGUACAUCGUCCUGGAGAUCUUGGACGGUCUCCUCUCGGUCCGUGCCAACCUCGGCGACGGUGCCCGCACCCUGAGACUCCCCGGUCAGCGGAUAGACAUCGGACAGUGGGUCCUGGUCAGCCUCAGUCGUCACGGCAACCUGUUUACGCUAAGGCUGGAGCGAGGCGGAGGGUCGCGGGAGGUCCAGGCCCGGCUGGGGAGUCGGCAGGAGAUCGCGGUCGACCCGGCGAGUGUGACAGUCGGCAACGGUCCAAACACCAGAGACGAGAGUGAAGAGUUUCAGGGCUGCCUGAAGGACGUUCGUUUUAACGGUCAGGUUCUCCCUCUGGAUGGGCGGAGUCAGGAGCUAGUGGCGGUGCAGGAGCGCGGUGGCGUCUCGUCCGGCUGCGUCAGCGAUGCCUGCAGAGGCGAUCCGUGCGUCCAUCCGCUGCUGCGCUGCGUCGACCUGUGGCGGAAGCACCAGUGCAGGUGUCCCGCGGGUCAGGUGACCGUGACCGAUGAGUCGGGUCAGCAGCGGUGCGGACCCUCGCCGUGUGGACUCACUUCCUGUCGUAACGGCGGCGUUUGCCAGGCGCUGUCGCCCGACAACUACCACUGCCGAUGCCAGGACGGGUUCAGAGGUCAGCGCUGCGAGCUGGGGCAGGUCAAAGGUCACCGUGUGGCUGCUCUGAGUCCCAGCUCCAUCCUGGCCAUCAGCAUGUGUCUGCUCGUCUUCUUUGCGGUGCUGGUGGCAGUGACCGUAUGGAACCAGACAGGAAGUCGUAACAAGUUCCAGAAACAAGGAGUUUAUCAGCUUCCUGCAGAGAAUCAGAGCUGGGAGGAUGUGAGAGAGAACAUCCUGAACUACAACGAGGAGGGAGGAGGAGAACAAGACCAGAAGGGUUAUGACAUCACAGAGCUGCAGCGCCCCCUGUGUUCCAGUGUGUCACAGUUGUCGUCCUGCACCACAGCGCCCGGCUCUCAGGAGGAAGUUCACGCGUGCGGCUCCUCCUGCAGCUCUGGCGCCGCCUACCUCAGCACGCACCGCCCCUGUCAGCCACACAGCAGCAACGACGCCACCUGCAGGCGUCACGCAGGCACGCAUUCACACGGCGACUUUAAGAGCUACGUGGAGCGAAUCGUCUGGGACGCCGACCGCGACGGCGAGGCGUCGCCGCCCGACACCUGCCACGUGUGGAACGUGGAGGGUCAGGGGUCGGCGGCGGGAAGUCUCAGCUCGCUGGGGUCGGACGUUUCUCGUGGACGCGUCGGCAUAGAAGACGUCGCAGAGUUUGUUUACGACAGAUUAUCGCGAUGGGGCCCGAAGUUCCGGACGCUGAGCGACAUGUACGAGCGACCGCAGCGCGCCGUCUCGUACGGAGACGCCACACCGCCUCAACACCACUAGAGGGCGACACACACACACACACACACAGUCCUCUCAGGAAAAUGAUUCUCUCAGGUCUCUCUCUCCUGGAUCAGAGGACGAGAUACGAUGACAUCAUCACGAGUCACAUGAUCACCGUCGAUAGGGAACCAAAACACGAGCGUGACAGAAAAUCCGAUUUUUAAAAAGAUUCUAUUUUUUUAUUCUUCUGACUCAUGAUCACAUUUUAUCGUAAAAAAAAAAACCACACGCAACUUUCCAUGUCUUAAAAAUGUGUGAAAUGAUUUCAUAAAAUCUGCGUCGGAAAGCGAUGUUUUGACAUAUUUGGACAAAUGAAACUGUAAGAAAGUCAAAAAACCCUGAACGUGGACUUCGUGUUUGUUCUUCUUCACACACUCUGUGCGACAUUCGCACUCAAAUCGCGAGCUUUGGCGUUUCAUUGCAGACGUUCUCCUCGUACAACUUUAAAUUGACUGUUUCUGCUCGUUUCCCUGACAACGGCCCUCAUGUGUUUUUUUAAAAGCUCAGAUAGAAAAUAGAUGAGAAGUUGAUUUAGAUGUGAUCUGGAAAAAAAAACCCACACAACCUACAUCACAGCGCGCUUUGAUCGGGAACGGUGUGCUACGACUUGUCGUAGUGUUUCCAGUAACCAUGGCAACAAAAAUUGCAAAGAACUGUGAAUCAUUUCCACAUACACAUGAAUGGAAAAACAAUCAGAACCCUGCCCACUGUGUGGUCACACUUUAACACUUUAACAUAAAGAUGUGGUUCACAUGACACGAGGCUUUUCUCACCUAAAUCAAAGUUUUGAUAAAUACUAAGUUUUUUAAACAAUCACAGUUGAAGUUUUGUACUUCUGUUUGGACGUAUUCAGAUUUUAUAAUGAGUGUGUGUUGCAGUGGCACACAGACAGUUUCUACAUAAACACGUUGAUUCCACAAAAAUUCUACUUUUUCUAAAUACUUCAGAUUUUAAAAGUUAAUGUUACGAAUAAAAACUCAGAGUUCGGACUUUCACUGGCGACGGUCGUUGCUACCUCUCGCGUGUUGUCAUGACAACGCCAGAUGAAUGUAGUUUUAUUAAAAAAAGAAAAGAUUAUAAAAUCUGAUUUUUUUUCCUGCGACUGUUGGGGGCGGAGCCAGUGAACAAUCAGAGUUUUGUGUCAGUCAGUCGUGAGUAAAUGUUUUAAUCCUGAACUCUUUUCUUUCUUCUGUUUUUUUCCCUUGUGAUUAAAAGUUUGUUUUUUUUCAGAUCUAUGCGUCCAAACAUGUUUUUAAACGUUGUGUCGACUCGAGUCGUGUGUUAACUGUGAAAUAGUCAAAAACAGACGUUUGUAAAGCACUCAUUCUCUCACACCAAAGUCCAAUCACACACACAGCAGUUGUUGAUCCACUGCUGCCUCCAUCACUAAGUUCAAAUGUCUUAUUUUGUCAAAUUCGGCUUUUAAAAUAUUUUAUUCAGACUUACUUCAGUGACACAAAGUGACCACACGAGGCAGCAGAGGACCAGCAGCUCCAGUGGGCUUUGGUGUGGGAGAUAAAGUGAGAUAAAGACGUGAAUGUGUGACGUAGACGUGUUGAUGUUUGUUUUUCUCCUUCAGUCAGUGAUGCUGUGUGUGAGUGAUGUAAACAUGUUUUACAAACGUGGAAUAUUCCUUUUGUAAAUGACUUUUAAUUAAAAUGUUCUUUCCCAA